AUGAGCGGCGGCUUCGGGCGGACAUGGCGGCAGCGCUGUGUGGCGGUGCGGCGGGGCCGGUGCUGGUGGUGGCAUGCUGGCGGCCGGGCGCUGGCCCGCAGCCCGGCCCGGGCCCUGAUCGAGGGCGGCUGUACUGCGGGCCGGCAGGUGUGCUACGACGCUGGGGUGAGCCGGGCCGCGGGCAAGGCCGAGAUCGCCCGCGCCUACCGGCAGCUCGCCCGCCAGUACCAUCCGGACCGGCACCGCGGGGAGCCGGCCGGGCCCGGCGGGGAGACCCUGCAGACGGCGCACGAGAAGUUCCUGCUCAUCGCCACCGCCUACGAGACCCUCAAGGAUGAAGAAACACGUAAAGAUUAUGAUUACAUGUUGGAUCAUCCUGAAGAGUAUUACAGCCAUUAUUAUCACUACUACAGCAGGAGAUUGGCACCUAAAGUGGACGUCAGGAUAGUGAUUCUAGUCACUGUAUGUGCUAUCUCUGUGUUUCAGUUCUUCAGCUGGUGGAGUAGCUACAAUGAGGCCAUCAACUACCUAGCUACAGUGCCAAAAUAUCGUAUACAAGCGUCUGAGAUUGCCAAGCAACAGGGCCUACUGAAUAGGGCUAAAGAAAAAGGCAAAAACAGACGGUCUAAGGAAGAAAUCCGUGAGGAAGAGGAAGAAAUAAUCAAAGACAUUAUCAAAAAUAAAAUAGAUAUAAAAGGUGGCUAUCAGAAGCCUAAAAUAUAUGAUAUCCUUCUAUUCCAAAUCCUCUUAGCUCCUUUUUACUUAUGCAAGUAUAUAGCUUGGUAUUGUUGGUGGAUUUAUUGUUUUAAUAUUAAAGGGCGAGAAUAUGGUGAGGAAGAGAAGCUGUAUAUCAUACGCAGGUACAUGAAAAUGUCGCAGUCUCAGUUUGACAGUCUGGAAGAUAAUCAGAAAGAGACGUUCCUGGAACGGCAGCUAUGGAUAAGAGAGAACUAUGAGGUGUACAAGCAAGAAGAAGAGGAAUCUCAAACCGGGAGAGAAAAAAAAAAAACAUGA